GGUCACUGUAUGUAAAAUAGAUGUAAAACUGCUACUUCCGCGCUAUUUUCUCCGCACUGUUUAUCCAUGUGUUUAUCUUAUGAUUUAUCGCUAUGUUUUGUUCAAAUUGUGGACGAUCAUGUGGGGAUUCGGAUAGAUUCUGUACAAAUUGUGGUACAGGGAUGAAUUCAACCAUACUCGAAGAUGAUGUUGAUGAAGAAAGAGAAGUUUCCAUUGACGAACAAAGUCUCAUCACGUACUAUUUUCAUCGUGGGUUUAUGUACGAUGAGAUUAUUCUGUUUUUAGCUAAAAGACAUAACACUGUAAUGAGCUACAGCACUUUGUUGAGACGACUGAAAGUCUAUGGCCUUAACAGAAGAGGGUUUUUCCAAAGAGAUGAAUCUGAAGAAACAUUUCACCAAGCGAAAAGGCGGAUCAGUGAAAUGAUCAAUGGACCGCAAUCAUCAGCUGGAUACCGAUCAAUUUGGCACACCUUGGAAAUGGAAGGGUUGAGGAUUCCGCGUGUUGUUGUACAAGAUCUUUUAAAAGAAUUACAUCCUGAUGGAGUAGAAGCAAGGAAAGCUCACCGUCUCAAAAGAAGAGUCUAUCACAACCCUGGCCCUAAUUAUGCAUGGCAUAUAGAUGGUUUUGAUAAGUUAAAACCUUGGGGCUUUCCCAUUCAUGGAGCAAUUGAUGGCUUUAGCCGUCGGAUUCUAUGGCUUCGUGUCACCAGACUUAAUAAGUGCCCUGAUAAUAUUGCAACAUUUUAUCUAAACACAGUUAAGCAAUUGAUGGGUUGCCCUGUUAAGUUGAUUACGGAUCUUGGGACAGAAAAUGCAAUAGUUGCUGCAGCUCAAAGCUAUUUUCGAGAAAAUCCUGAUUCUCAUAGAUAUGUGACCAUGGCUGAUAUUGAAUGUAUAAGUUCAAGUAUUGUUCCAAAUGAUGUUCCAAAUGAAUAUGAUGAAUAUUUUGAUUAUGUCUCUAGUGAACUUUUGCUAGAAUCUCCAAAAGAUUGGAGUGAGGCAUAUCAACUAUAUUGCAAACUUAUGGAUGUAUCUAAAAAUGGAGCUUAG